AUGGCCAUGAAGUCGUGCUUCGUGUGCCAGCUGUCGUACUGCUGCGAACACCUGAAGCCUCACCUGAGCGAUCCGGUGUUGACGCAGCACAGUCUCACCGACCCGGCCACCUUCGCCACCAGUCACCUCUGCAGAACUCACAACAAGCCGCUGAAUAAGUUUUGCAAGCGCGAUCAGACACCGAUUUGUAUAAAGUGCAGAGAGUCGGAGCACAAACACCACGAAACGGUCUCGAUAGAGAAGGAGAGCAAGAAGGUCCGGAUUCAGAUUAAGAAAAUCGAAGGAGACUUUCAUGAAAUGGUCCAGGCCAGACUCUGUAAACUUAAGGAUAUCAACGCUUCAGCAGAGUCGAGCAAGAUAAAUAAAGAACAGGAGAUAGAGAAAAGCAUUCAGGUCGUCACCAGGGUGGUGAGCGUCAUUGAGAAAAACCAGGCUUCGCUCAUCGCGGAGAUCGAGAGGAAGCAGGAAGCGGCCGACGCGACGGAGGCGAGGCUUCGCCAAGAGCUCGGCCAGGAAAUCGUCGAACUCCAGAGGAGACAAAGUGAGCUGCAGCUCCUGGACCACACCGACGACAAUCUCCAUCUCCUACAGUGUUUUCCCCUUCUGAGUGCUCCGAUGUUGGGCAGGAACUGGUCUGAGGUCAGAGUCCACACUGCCAGCUACAUGGGGCCAGUGAGGAGAGCCUUCACCAAGCUGGUGGAAGUGUGCCAUGAACUUGAAAAGAAACUGUCUGCAGAAGAAAUGAGUAUGGUAUAUCAAUAUGCAGUGGACGUGACUCUGGAUCCAGUGACGGCUUCGGGUUGGCUGUGUCUGUCUGCAGAUGGGAAGCAGGUGAGCCUCAGCCAGCAGCAGAAGAAACCCCCCCCCCCUGACGACCACCGCAGGUUCGACUCCUGCGUCUCCGUUCUGGGGAAACAGUGCUUCACCUCUGGCAGACAUUACUGGGUGGUUCAGGUUGGCGACAAAACCGACUGGGAUCUGGGCGUGGCUAAGGAGUCCAUCAACAGGAAGGGCACCAUCACGGUGCACCCCGAUAACGGUUACUGGGCGGUCUGUCGCCGGAGGGGCGGCAGCCUCAGCGCCUGCGCCGGCCCCUCCGUCACCCUCCGCCUCCAGGAAACACCCCAGAAAGUGGGCGUGUUCCUGGACUACGAGGAAGGAUCGGUGUCCUUCUACGACGCCGAGGCCAAGACCCACAUUUACACCUUCAGCGGGUGUGACUUCAACGAGCCCCUGUACCCGUACUUAAACCCCUGUCUCCAUGACAACGGGAGAAACACCGCCCCGCUGAUCAUCUGUCCGGUUGAGGGCGGGGAAAAUGGGGGGGCAUUUUAAAAACGAUAGGCUGAGGCCCCGCCCCCUCAGCACAUUUACUUAAACGAGAAAGUUGAUGUUCCUGAUAAUCUUUUUGAGUCAAAAAUGAUUCGGUUGCUAUAGGAAACAGGUUGUGAGGGCCGAUACUCAUCCUGACCACCAAAGAAGGAGUUCGGCCAACUAAGUGUUAUCUUAAAGAAGUCUUUUAUUGCAAAGAUUACAGUAUUCCCCAACGAUUCGGCCAUGUUUACUCGUUAACCAUGUGUGGAUCUGGAGGUGAGAGAUGCUCCAUGUAAAAAAAAAUUAUAAAUAGCCAGUGACAACAAAUAUUGGGGCUUUGUUUGAAGGCUUUUGGGUGCUUUUUAAGUUUAUUUGGGGGCUUUUUCUUUUUAUAGUGGUAAAGAGGUCAUAUUUACUCCUAUUUUGUUUCUUGUAAUCAUUCAUAUUCUUGUAAAACAUUUUAAAAUCAAACAAUAAAACUGGUUUGUAUGUUGUACAUUCCAACCAAAAGUCCAGCCGUGCACAUCUCUGAGUGUC